AUGAAGGCCUACCUUUUCCUUCCCUUCAUGUUCUUGUCCAUGUUCUCAGUGUCUUCAACCCAGACUUUGAAGACAAGUGUUAUUAAACUAGAAGAGACUCCAGAACCUGCAUUUAUGUUAGAGGGAAAAAAUGAAGCUAAUGCUCAAGGAGGACAAAAAAAAUCUAAUAAGCAAGAAGAUGGCAACACACAAAGAAAACCAGGGGUUCUUAUCCUGCAAGGACAACCAGGGAAACCAGGGAGUUUUAAUCAGCAAGGGAAGCCAGGAGUUUUAAAUCAGGCUGGAGGUCUGCAAGGGCAUUCAGGGGAGUCUAACCAAAAAGGUAGUUCAGGAAAUGCUAAUGAGCAAGGACAACUGGGAUCUUCCAGCCAACAAGGAAAGCCAGGGUCAGCUAGCCAGCAGGGAAAACCAGGAUCUUCUAGCCAGCAAGGGAAGCUGGCAUCUUUAAGUCAGCAAGGAGGUUCAGGGUCAGCUAGCCAGCAGGGAAAACCAGGAUCUUCUAGCCAGCAAGGGAAGCUGGCAUCUUUAAGUCAGCAAGGAGGUUCAGGGUCAGCUAGCCAGCAGGGAAAACAAGGAUCUUCUAGCCAGCAAGGAGGUUCAAGGUCAACUAGCCAGCAAGGAAAACCAGGAUCUUCUAGCCAGCAAGGAGGUUCAGGGUCAGCUAGCCAGCAAGGAAAACCAGGAUCUUCUAGCCAGCAAGGGGAGCCAGCAUCUUCAAGCCAGCAGGGAAAACCAGGAUCUUCUAGCCAGAAAGGGAAGCCAGCAUCUUCAAGCCAGCAAGGAGGUUCAGGGUCAGCUAGCCAGCAAGGAAAACCAGGAUCUUCUAGCCAGCAAGGGAAGCCAGCAUCUUCAAGCCAGCAAGGAGGUUCAGGGUCAGCUAGCCAGCAAGGAAAACCAGGAUCUUCUAGCCAGCAAGAAAAGUCAGACUCUUCUGGCCAGCAAGGGGCUUUAGGGUCAUUGAGCCAGCAAGGGAGCCCAGGAUCGUCUAGCCAACAAAGAAAACCAAGGUCUUUUUACAAUCAAGAAGAAAGAAAAAAUGUAGGCAACCCUUUGGAUGGCAAUAUGGAAAGUCAGCUGCUCGCCAGCGGGCAGAUAAAGGAGACUCCUCAGCAGGAGGCAGCGGCCAAGGAGGAAAGGUGA